AUGUUUCUCCAAUUGAUCUCGUACGUUGGUGCAGUUCUGGGGUUCCUAUUUUUGACGCUUUCAAUUGCUUCAGGAUUAUACUAUAUCAGCGAAAUUGUCGAGGAACACACUGAAGCAACAAGACGUUUCAUAACGAGAGCCAUCUACACUAUCAUAGCCACUUUCGUGUUGUUGCUGUUGUUUGAUUCGUUUCCUUUCAAGCUCUCAAUAUUUUCUAUCAUAUCAAAUGCAAUCUACCUGCAGAAUCUCAAAACAUUUCCAUUCAUUUCUUUGACCAGCCCUGUGUUCCUUCUAAGCAGUUGCUGCGUUGUUUUAAACCAUUAUUUCUGGUUUAAAUACUUCAAUGACAACGAAAUACCUCCGCAGUUCAGAUUCGAUCCAAACUAUAUCCCCAGGAGACGUGCCAGUUUCUCUGAAGUAGCGUCAUUUUUCGGUAUCUGCGUUUGGUUCAUCCCAUUUGCGCUAUUCGUCUCUUUAAGUGCAGGAGAUUACGUGCUUCCCACUACUACGACAGGAAGUAGCAAGAAGACUGACGAGCAAACAGGAGAGGCUCCUCGUCUGCGCAAGAGGGCGGUUGGUUUGGCUAGGGUUGUAAUCAAUUCACUGCGCCAGUAUGUUUACUCUAUUGCCAGAGUAUUCGGCUAUGAGAUAGAUCCUAAUCGUGGCAGUUUAAUCAUGUAA